AUUUAGUCAUGGAUUGGUAUUCGUGCGAGCAAAACGUCCGUUGAAAAUUCAUUUUUACGAUCGACAAUUUUUCAUUUUAAUUUUUAAUUUUCAUUUGUUGUUUUUGCAUUUGACUCUGAGUUUAUUGUUUAUCUUUGUUUUAUGUCGACGAUAUAAUUUUGAAAACUAUUUUGACUAUUUUAUCGGUUUGACGGUGUUUUGAUUGGUUUUUUUAAUGUUGUUCGGAAUACUUACCACUCGGAUAUAAAACAUACAAGAGUAUUAUUGAUGGAUGAUGUGUUCACUAAAAACUUAUGAAGAAUUUUUUCUAGCGAAAAUUAUGUGCAUAAUUAAACAUUUACGAAUUAAUUGAAUAAUUAAGUGAAUAAUAAUUACUAUAUUGCUGGUGUGUACUAUCUUAACAUAUUUUUUUCUUACUACGGAGAGUAGAAAAAUUUUGUGACUGUUUUUAUACCACAUGUGAAUAGAACACUUUAUAUAUUGAAUCACUUAUCCUUGGAUUUAGUGAAUUUGCAUUAUUAUUUUUUACUGAACAUAUUUUGCAAUAAAUUCUUAAAAUAAUGGAGACGGAUAAUGAUAAGCACGAGAACUACCACAAUUACAAUUCGCCACAACAUCAGCAUUAUCGUUACGAUGAUUACGUUAAUUCAUUACAAGCGGGCUCACCAUUAUCGAGUAACACAUCCCCGCAUCAUCAAAUGCAUAGCAUGUCUAGUCUAUCACAUGGUAUGAACACACCACAGAGCCCACUGAUGUCGUCACAAAUCGUUUCACAAAGUCCAAUGCUAUCAUCGCCCCUGAUGUCAUCCCAUUCACCACUAUUGAAUUCGAAUUCGCCGUUACUGUCCAAUUCACCGCUGAUGCAGUACUCGUCAUACUCUGAUGUCCUGCCGACAACAAUUUUACCCGGCCAAGAGGAUGCCAAUUGGGGCUACGCAAUGGCCAGUAAUUAUCAGAAUGAAUUCUGUCCCACCAAUUACAGUGUAUUGCAGCGUCAACCGUACGGUACGAAAGUUAGUGCUCAAAAUACGUUAAAAAGUGCGAAAGAAGCACGGAUCCGAAGACCGAUGAAUGCGUUUAUGGUGUGGGCUAAAGUGGAACGAAAGAAAUUAGCAGACGAAAAUCCUGAUCUGCAUAAUGCUGACUUGAGUAAAAUGUUAGGUAAGAAAUGGAGAUCGCUGACCCCACAAGAUCGUCGUCCCUUUGUCGAAGAAGCUGAAAGAUUGCGAGUAAUUCAUAUGACCGAACAUCCCAACUACAAGUAUCGACCGCGCCGUAGAAAACACACAAAAGCCAGAUCUGGACCGAUUCAACCACCAGCUCAAAAUAAUCUAAUAAACCAUCCGACCAAUCAAUCAGAUGCUCAAUACAUGGAGGAGUCUAGCCGAAUGAGUCCAUACAAUAGUUACAAUCUCUUCUACGGUACGCCGAAUUCGUUGCACACUCCCGAAUCCAGUCCAACUCAAAGCCCUGAACCGAAUCGGGGCAGAAAAUCGAACGAAUCAAACGGGAAAAUGGAUGAAGUUCCCGCAUUGCCUACACCAGAAAUGAGUCCAAUGGAAUUGGAGAAAGAGAACUACAGCAGUAUGUGCGUCGAUAGCAAAAAACAUGGCAAUUAUUUAGAUUAUACCAUUAAAAGUGAGAAACAUCUGCCUCCGUAUAGUUCGUAUGAACAUGAAAAUGCGGAGCAGAUCAAGCGGGAGUAUAACAAUUACGAGAUGAACAGCGACAAAUUUAAUUCUCCCGACAAGCGAUACAAUUACGAGUCUAACAUGUGCAACAGUAUUCUAGAAAAGCGAAAUUAUGUUUGUACAUCAGCAUCAACAACGAUUGCCGCUGGUAAGGGCAUGUACGUUACGCAUAGCAGUCGUGGAAUUUUAGAUCAAGGGAAUACAGUCCGUGGUACCUAUUUCCCACCGUUAGCCACAACACAAGAUCACCAGAAUCUUGGAACGGUCACAUCGCCAUCUACCUCGUCUGCAUCAAUCAUCAAUUAUACCGGUCAAUUGAACAACAGCUUGAACAACAAUAAUUUUAUCAACAAAGACAAUAAUACGGUUUCAAGUCAUAAUAACGUGAACGUUGUGGACGGCUAUUCGUAUUCCACCGCUGUGUCAGCUCCAAUUGCUACAUACGCACAAUAUUCGGGCUAUCAAGGAAUGCCACAAAUAUCUGAAGAAAUGGACAAUCGAGAUCUGGACAAACUUAAAUAUCCUGACACCAAUCACAAUUACAAUGAGUACGAUUACCACAACAAUUACAUCUAUCAUCAUCAGAACACUCCCAUCAGCCAACACCUGAUUCCACCGCAGGACUACUAUCAGUUGUACCAUACAAAUUCAGCAAUCGGUGGCGUUGGUGCCGUUGCAAAAGUGGAUGCAAUGAUCGGACCACCUAUAACCACACCGUAUCCUAUUAAUGGUGAUGUGUUCGUACCGGCAGAAGCAUUGAAAGACGAUGAUUUCAGCAAUAUAUUGGCGGGUGUACGAAAAACAUGUUACAGCAAUUGACGUUAGGCCAAUCGGGUGGAGUUGUGAUAGUUAAAUUUUCUGGAAAAUAUUUUUUUUUUGUUUACCACGCUCGAAAUUUUGGUCAAUUCAACGCGAUCAAUGGUUGUAUGCGUAUACGUUUCAUAUACAUCAUGAUUGUAGAAAGUUAAAUUAAUUAGAGUUUCGUGUCGAUUAAAAUGUUAACAUCCAUAAACAUCCGCAAUGUAAUCAAAAGUUUAGGUUUAAUAAAUUAGUUACUUGACUGUCCGGGCCUGCCACAAUUCAGGCAAAAAUUACGUAUUAUAUGUGUAAUUAAAUGAUUGUA